AUGAUUUUCCCAAUCGAGCUGCUCGAUCAUAUGCUAGCAUACGUGGAAGAAGACCCAGAUGCCACCACGACACUGAAGAACUUUUCGUACGCCAACCAUCUGACAUGCCACCUCGCUCAAAAGCGCCUCUUUCGGGACCUCCUGCUGGUUUACUCCGGCUACGAAGAUGGGCCGUAUCACAUAUGUGAACAGAUAAGCCCCCCGUCUCAUGUACAGAGAUUCCUUCUAUUAGCAGAGGAGUCGCCACACCUCCUGCAACACAUCCAGACCCUCCGGAUAUCCUGGCCUUCCUGGACGACGACAGGUAUCGAGCGAGAUAUGCACGAGACCCACCCGCGAACCAUUGUUCUCAUUUCUCUCCUGAAAAACUUGAAGAAGGUUACCUUCGUCGACGAGUCAAUGCCACAUCGGUGGUCGAACGACCAACCUUCGGUCUUCUGGAAUGGGCUGGAUACUGGGCUUCAAAGCGCUUUCGCCCAAGGAUUUCGGUUCACAAACGUCGUCGAACUCAACUUUGCUUCUAUAACCGACAUGCCACCCUGCGUGCUCGCAGAAAGCCUCCCACUCUCAAGACCCUCACCAUUGCUACCCUUAACAUCGUCAAGCACCCGAAGCCACGUUCGCUAA